AGAAGUAAGAACCCGGUGCAGCCUCAGCCUGCAAGUAAUCCUACUCCUAGUCCUAGAUUAGACGGAGCAGUGAGAACCAGUCUAUGGAGGUUUGACUUUUGCUUACUAAGGCCAGCUAGCUAGGCUAGCUUAGCCAACUAUAGGUCAUAGGUGUCCCGGCCAUAGCAGACCAUUUCCUGGGCCCUGAUCGAUUUAGGUCUAAGAGGCGACGAGACCCACCUACCACUACCAGUGCCAAACUGAAAUUGUCCCCGCCACCGCCAAUCUUCAUGCAGCAGGACCAGGAUCAGAAGACGAGUUUCCCUAUUUGUAUUUGUCAAACUCAAACUAUGGAAUUUCUUCAAAACCCUUUGAAUUCCUUGAAACAAUCUCCCUCCCUCUCUCUCUCUCUCUCUCUCUCUCUCUCUAGUCUAUAUAUAUAAACGUGGCUCGGGGUUGGGAAAUAUGUCAAUAUUCUAACCCGAGGCUCUGUCAUUUUGUCUUGCUUCACGCUUCUUCCAUACAAGAUACAUCACAGCCCAACCCAACUUCACAUCUUUUGGCGGAGAAGUUUUCUACGACUGACAACUCCUGUCUCCGGCGCCAUUACGCGUCCAUUCGUUUAUUAUCCACUACCCAGAUAGUCAGACACACAGAGAUGGGUCUGGGAACGGUUACGGGAGCAGGGGCGACCACAACGUCGUUAGAGGAUCUGAUAGAGAGGGCAGGAGGAUGCGCCAUUGUCGACGGAGGAUUUGCGACGCAGCUUGAAAAGCACGGUGCCUCUAUAAAUGACCCUCUUUGGAGCGCCCUUUGCUUGAUCAAAGACCCUGAACUCGUCAAACGGGUUCACCUGGAAUAUCUCGAGGCUGGUGCAGAUAUACUAGUAACUUCAUCGUAUCAGGCAACAAUCCCAGGAUUUCUAUCUAGAGGACUGUCGAUUGAAGAAGGAGAGGCUUUACUCCAGAAGAGUGUCAAAUUGGCUGUAGAAGCCCGUGACAAGUUUUGGGAUGAAGUGCAGAGUAUUCCUGGACAUAGUUAUAAUAGGGCAUUAGUGGCAGCGUCUAUUGGUAGCUAUGGUGCCUAUCUUGCUGAUGGUUCAGAAUACAGUGGGCGUUAUGGGCCAGAUGUUACCUUGGAUAAGUUGAAGGAUUUCCACAGGCGGAGAUUACAAGUCCUUGUUGAGGCAGGUCCAGAUUUGUUGGCGUUUGAAACCAUACCAAAUAAAAUUGAAGCACAGGCAUGUGCUGAGCUGCUGGAUGAAGAAAAUAUCCAAAUUCCAUCUUGGAUCUGCUUCAGCUCUGUAGAUGGUGAGAAUGCUCCCUCGGGAGAGAACUUUGAGGAGUGCCUUGGUAUAAUAAACAAGAGUAAGAAAGUGAAUGCUGUGGGAAUAAAUUGUGCACCACCCCAUUUCAUAGAAAGCCUCAUCUGCAGGUUUAAGCAGUUAACUGAAAAGGCCAUAGUUGUUUAUCCCAAUAGUGGGGAGGUAUGGGAUGGAAGAGCUAAGAGAUGGCUGCCUUCGAAGUGCUUUGACGACAACAAAUUUGAACUAUUUGCAACAAGAUGGCGUGAUUCAGGAGCCAAACUCAUUGGAGGAUGUUGUCGAACCACACCUUCCACCAUUGGAGCAAUCUCACGGGCUCUUAAAAGAAGUUUCUGAGUUAACAUUCCCACUUUAUUAAUAAAAGGAAGUUCCCUAUUUACUUAUUUUCUUUGCCGUAGGAAAAAAAUAAGUUUUUUAGUUAUUACUAAUUGAUUCAUAUUUUUUGACAUUGGAUAUGAGUGACACUGAAUGGAACAAAAUGGCAAAACAGGAUUCAGAUAGUUGGGACAAGGCUUAGAUGAUGAUGAGUUAUUAUCAAUUCAUGAGUUGUUUUCGUUAUUAAGUUUCUACUGGACCUUAAAAACGAGCAAUGCUUUUGUAUUUUUCGGCAUUAAUGCACUUGCAAGAACCAAUUUUCCAAUAUUGUAACUGUAUGUAGAAAAAAGGUUGGUAAGGUAUUAACUACUAAGGUGAUGUCUAAUCGCUUUCAAAGUAUGUGUUUGGUU